AUGCCUUGUAAAGCGGAAGGCCUGGUCCUAACCGUGGACCCCAAUGUCAUCCACAAGGUCGACACACAAAGCGCACAGAACCUCUUCAGCAUGUGGACAGUCUUCUCCAGAUGCGCCGACUCAGUAGAGCAGGGCCGCCGCCUCGAGAACCUGAGCUGGAGACUAUGGAAUAGAGAGACCUUCUGCUGCGAGACCGCACAGGCAAAGCAGACCGUCUCCGCCGCCACCUCGCUACCACAGGACAUCCCCAGCCACAGGAUACCUGACGUCCCCCAACUGUCCGGCAGCGUCGACUCGGCUGCCGACGACGAGGAGGCCAUCGAGUUCUCGUCCGAAUCAGAGCCCGUCGAUAUUGUCCGGCCCGCGAUCCUGCGUCAGGAUUCGUGUGCCAGCAGCCGCAGCCGAGGCCGCGAGCGACACAUCACCUCGGAUCAUCUCGAGAAGAUGGUCGUCAACAUCAUCCAGGAGAAGGAGCCCAACUUGAACCCACUACCCGAAAUGAGCUCGCCGUCCAUUGAGCCCGAGUCGGACGACUCGCAGGCCGCCUUCUCUCCAGAGACCCAGGAGUCCCUGACACCCGCCACCGAGCCCAUGUGCCACUCGGUGGAGCAGCACUCUGAGGACACCGAGUCUUCGGAACUGGCCUCGUCCGCCAACACCCACAGCACCACCGUCAUCCGUGGCUUCUCGCCCUCGCAGAUCCCGAUCCCCUCCCUUCGCCUCAUGAGCCAGGAGUCGAUCAAGGUCUCUGAGCCUGAUGCCAUCCCCGAGCCUCACUCCUCGCCGGCCCAUAAGCCCGUGCAGUCCAAGAAGCAGCCCGCCAAGUUCGCGCUCGGCGCCUCUUCUGCCUCUGGCGACGAGUCCUCUCCCAGUCUCAACGAGACUAGCCAGCCCAUCAUUCCUCAGCCCAAGAAGAAGAUGUUCCUCGUCGGUGGCUCUUCGGGGUCCAACGACGACAGCCCUUCGCUGAAGAGUGCCAUGCACUCGGCCCGCCCCAGCUCUCUGCUCUCGGCCCAGAAGAAGCAGACUUCCUUCAGCAACCAGGUCACCACCCGCACCUUCCAGACUCCCAGCGACCAGAGCGACAGCUACAUGGAGAGUGCCAUCGACGACGACGACGAGGAUUCUGAGUGGGAGGACUCGAUCGAGGAGAGUGGCAAGUCUAGUAUGGACGACCCGGUGACAUUCAAGCGUGUCCCGUCCAAGCCCAACUUGACUUCCCAGCGAUCCCUGAUCAGCCUCAUGUUCGCCGGCCAGGACCAGCGCCCCAAGGGUCUCAGCAACCUUGCAUCGCAGUCGACCUCGGCCAUCCCCCAGCGCGCCCGCACAUAUCACAACGCCCCCCAGAUGGUGGCGUCUCCGAACGAUUCCGACGACCACGGCCUGGAGAUGAAGAGGGGGCUGCGUCGCACACCACUCAAGCCCAUCACCGAGAUCCCUCGGUCCACUGCCCAGCCCAUCCACGCCAAUGCGCACAGCAACCACCAGGCUGCCUUGUCGCCACGCACCACUCGUCGCAACAUGCUGGCUACCGAGCUGACCGAGUCUCUCCGACGCCACCUCCUCUGGGAGCGUCAGCACAAGUCGUCCACCGCGAACGCUGUCCUCAAGAGGCGACACACAUCGCACGAUGUUGCCAACCUGAAGCAGUAUCCCGAGAAGCCCUACAUGGGCAAGGACAGCACGGCCAGCAAAGAGGAAUCCAACGCGAGCAGCUGGAACCAGUACCUCGAGAGGGAUGCUCUUGGCGGCUACAACGCCCAAGGCUGGUAA